AUGAAUAAUAAUUCUAUCGUAACUGUUAAUGAUGAAAUUACAAAAAAUACUCUUGAUGAAAAAAAUCCAAAUAAUUCGGCCGAAUUUAUUAUUCAGGAACUUUUAAAGUUUGACAAUCAGCGUCUAAACAAAGUUAUUGUUUCUGCAGUUAUCAUAAAGUUAAUGGAUAAUGAAAAGAAAAAAAUGGAUAAAAAAGUGGAAUACCUAUCUAAAUUUAUGUCCGCAGUUAUCGAAAAUAUUUUAGAGAUUGAUGAUCCUCAAGGCAUUUUGAUCGAAUUCUUAAGAAAACAUAUUAAAUUUCCACCUGAAUUAGAAGAGAAAAUGAUUGAAAUAAAAAGGGACGAUAAAGUUAUUAUUAGAAAAUUUAAUGGAUGCACUGUUCUAGAUUUUUCUAAAGAACGUAAAAGAAAUGAAGUAACAAAAUGUUUUUUACCAUUACCUAAUUUAUUUAAAACUGAUCCUAAAGGUUUUAUCGAAAUUUUACUUACCGUUUUUUUAAAUUCCACUUCUUUAUCUCGUAACAAUAGCAACUUUAAAAAAUUGGCCGAACUCCGUUCAAUUGAAAUUUGCGAAUCAAAAGUUUUCGAUAAAAUUGCUAGUUAUGUCUAUUAUAGUACUUUUCCAUCUUACGCUAUGUUAUUGUUUUAUUAUAUGAUCUAUUUUAGCCUCUUUGUAUUAGUAGUUCAUACUGGAAACAGAAUAUUAAUGAUUGCAAGCUUAAUUGUUGGUUCUCUUAUAAUUUUAUAUUCUACUUUGUUACAAAUGUUGGAACUUUUUAUGUUGGUUCUUUCUGGCAAAAAACGUAUCUUACACACUGUAUCUACAUUAUUGGUUGCAGCUGUCAUAUUUCCAGCAACUUUCCUUCCUUAUGUUACAUUAAUUCUGGAACUUCAUAAUAAUUCGGAUUUUCCAAGGCUUCAAUCACUUUCUAUUUUAUUUAUGUGGUUCUUUAAUGUUUCACAACUUCGUUUCAUUGAAGGUAUUGGAAUUUUCCUUGCAAUCUUUGUUCUAUUCUCAUAUAGCCAUGCGUUGUUAGUUCUAUUAUCUAAGAUCCCUCCUGAUAAUGAUAAUAUUCCUAAUACAUUUACUGGCCUUGAUGAAUCACUUAAAAAUGUUUGGAUGAUGCUAUUAGGUGACUAUGAUUCUCUGGCUCCAUGGACGAACAAUAGCUUUUUAGAUAUUAUCAGGAUUGUUUUCUCAUUUACCACAACUAUCAUUAUCUUAAAUAUUCUGAUCGCGCUCAUGAAUGAUACCUAUGAAGAAACAAGUAAACAUGCACGUGCUAUGUGGAUCGCACAUGUAGCAGAGUUCGCAUCAAUUAUGAUGCCAUUUUCAGAGUGUUUUGAAUCGUCUAAAUCUCGUUACUUUAAAUUACGAGCUAUUAAAGAUGUUUCAUACAUCGUUUAUGAUGUUCCCACUAGAUAUUUUAAUGAGCAAGAGCAGACAGUUCUUGCAAAAGAGCUAUGUGAGAUGUCUAAUAUUUCAGAUUAUGAUCCAAAGAAGUUUGAAGAGAUGUCAAAGACAUUGAUCGUAUGA